AUGGAGUAUCUCAGUUUGGAAACAAACACUCUUUUGAGUGGAACCAUUCCUGACGCGCUCUAUGGACUGCCAAACAUGAAAGAGCUGAAUCUUUUUCAGACCAGAAUCUCUGGCAGCCUCUCUCUAGACUUAGGCCAGUGGACAAACUUGCAACACUUGGAAAUUGGAAGCUUUCUCACUGGGUCCAUUCCACCUGCUCUUGGCAGUCUGAGCCACUUGGAGAAACUGAAGUUGGAUGGGAACAGUCUGACAGGUACACUUGUCCCACUACACCCCCUCAGUCGCCUACAACACUUGGAAUUGGCAGAGAAUCAGCUCAGUGGAUCUAUUCCUGCUGAUUUCUUCUCAAUCCCAGCCUGGAAGAGUACACUAUGGAAGCUUCAUCUGCAGGGCAACCUCCUCACAGGAAAGCUACCAGAUGAGAUUUGGACUCUCACCCAGCUCCAAACUAUACGACUGUCAAAUAAUUUGGAACUCACAGGCAGCCUUCCAGAGGGCCUUCAAGGGUUAACAACCCUCAUCAGGCUAGAUCUCAGCAACAAUGCUUUCACUGGGACCAUUCCCUUUGGAGCUUUUAGCAACAGCAGCAGUCAAUUUAGAACUUUCCAUGCUUAA